CAACCAUGAAGGUCAGCUUUCGAGCUCAGAAGUUCACAUCGUAGAUUUGACUGCUUCUGCUUCAGAUUCGAAGAACCCAACUCCCACAUAAGAUAUGCAACUGGAGCAUAAAGUUUCGGUCUUUGUUGGGUUUGGGUUUUGAGAAUUGGAUUAGGCUUACUUGCGCAUUUCAGUUUUCCUGUGGAUUGGCUAUGAAUAAUGAAAGUAGUAUUUCAAUGUGUCUGUGUAAGCAAACAGAUGAUGGAAGAUGGUAGUUCAAGAACUGGGUUACAUCCUCACUAGCGUUUAUUGCUUAUAGAAAGACCCAAGAGGAGUGAUGUCUUUUUAUUGUAAGCUUCAGUUUCGACAUUUACCGAAAAUGAGGAAGUGGUCUGGAGGGUUGUUGAUCAUUACUCUUGCUAUGAUAUUGGUUUUUCGUUACGGAAGCAUUGCCAAAAUUGAACCCCCAGAGCAAUCACCAAAGCAGUCACCGAAGCAAUCGGCUGCUGAAUUCUUUGGAAACAAUCCUGACAAUGAUUCUCUUGGGACGUUUCCUGAGGUAAAAGUGAUAGUGCAGCCAAAACCACCUGAGAAACCACAUUUGAUAGAGGUAGAUGGGCUUGAUGAUCUGUUUGCUUCACAUGACAUCUUUGAAGAAGAGACCAAGGCCUUGCUUGUAUGGAGUCACUUGCGUCCCCUACUCUCCAGGUCGGAUGCUUUGCCUGGAACAGCUCGAGGGGUAAAAGAGGCUUCGAUAGCAUGGAAAGACUUGCUGUCUAUAAUUGACAAGGACAAGGCUUCAAAACUGAACAAAAGUGAAGAUCAAGAAGACAAAUCCUGUCCUUUUUCUGUAAAUGCACUCAAUAAUAUAGCAUCAGGAGAUGGGAAUAUUCUUGAAAUCCCUUGUGGCCUCAUUGAUGAUUCUUCCAUUUCUUUGGUUGGCAUUCCUGAUGGGCGCUUUAGAAGCUUUCAGAUUGAACUUCUAGGUUCGCAACUCUCGGGAGAGCCUGAGCCUCCUGUCAUCUUGCAUUACAAUGUCAGCCUUCCUGGUGACAACAUGACAGAGGAGCCAUUUGUAAUCCAAAACAGUUGGAAUAAUGAACUUGGUUGGGGCAAGGAGGAAAGAUGUCCUUCUCACAGAUCUGCUAGCAAUCUAAAAGUGGAUGGACUUGUUCUUUGCAAUGAACUAGUUGUCAGAAGCUCUUUGGACGAAAAUCUAAAUAUGAGUCAGCCUAGUAGUGACAUGUUCACCAAUGUUUCCAGGGUAAGUGCUCAUGGAGAUGCUAAUUUCCCAUUCGUUGAAGGGAAUCCAUUUACUGCAACACUGUGGGUUGGUUUAGAGGGAUUUCACAUGACUGUCAAUGGAAGGCAUGAAACAUCUUUUGCGUAUAGGGAGAAACUUGAACCAUGGUCAGUUUCCAAAGUUAAAGUGGCUGGUGGUUUGAAUGUCUUAUCGGCCUUAGCUAAAGGCUUGCCUGUUUCCGAGGAUCAUGACUUAGUUGUUGAUGUUGAGCACCUGAAAGCUCCACCCCUUUUGAAGAAAAGGCUUUUGAUGUUGGUUGGGGUUUUCUCAACAGGAAAUAAUUUUGAGCGUAGAAUGGCAUUGAGGAGGACUUGGAUGCAGUACGAGGCUGUACGUUCUGGGGAUGUGGCUGUCCGAUUUUUCAUUGGCCUUCACAAUAACAGUCAAGUUAAUUUUGAACUGUGGCGAGAAGCUCAAGCUUAUGGAGAUAUCCAACUGAUGCCAUUUGUUGAUUAUUACAGCUUGAUAAGCCUGAAGACAAUUGCAAUUUGCAUUUUUGGUACCAAAAUCCUUCCCGCUAAAUAUAUCAUGAAAACAGACGAUGAUGCUUUUGUUAGAAUUGACGAGGUCAUCUCCAGCCUCAAGGGAAAGACAACCAAAGGUCUCUUGUAUGGUCUUAUAUCAUUUGAAUCAUCACCUGACAGAGACAGAGACAGCAAAUGGUACAUUAGUGAUCAGGAAUGGCCACAUGCGGGUUACCCGCCAUGGGCACAUGGUCCAGGUUACAUCAUCUCUAGGGACAUUGUCAAAUUCAUUGUUCGUAGCCACCACGAAAGGGACCUCAAGCUUUUUAAACUAGAGGAUGUUGCAAUGGGCAUAUGGAUUGAACAAUUCAAGAACAGAGGUCAAGAAGUGAAUUACGUCACAGACGAGAGGUUUUACAAUGCUGGAUGUGAGUCAAACUAUAUUCUUGCUCAUUACCAAACCCCCAGGUUGGUGUUGUGCCUUUGGGAGAAGCUGCAGAAAGAGCACCAGGCCAACUGCUGUGAGUAACAUCAUAUCAACAUCAGCCUUACAAAUUCAAUCUUUUUUAUCAGCAAUACUCUUAUAUGCAGCAAAUUGUACCAAGCGAAAUCGACCCUUUUGUGAAGUUUCCGGGAACAUCAGAGAAAGUUGUCAACUGUACAGUAAUUUUGUGCUGAGCCUUUUUUUUUCUUGUUUGAUGAUCAAAUGGUAUUCUUGAUUCAUUUACAGUAAAACUCUUGGGUAAUUCUUGUUA